AUGAUAUCCCUCGAGCAGCAGAUUCGUCGCUUUUUGGCUGAUAUUGGCGGACGUACUACUAUGGCGUUACCACCCAUGCAGAAGGACGCGCGAAAGCGUGUUCAUAACCUCGCGAUGGCGUUCAAUUUGAAAAGUCAGAGCAAAGGGAAGAAUGACAUGCGGUACACGACUCUGAUCAAGACGACGAAGAGUGGUUUUGUGGUCGACGAGAAGAAGGUGCGGUGGAUCGUGAGCAGAGAAAGGGUGAAUAUUACGCGAGGUCCUGUACGACCCAAGGAUGGCGAGGUUAUCGGAAAGGCUGCUCCAAAGAUCGGAGAGUCCAACGUCGGGUUCCAAAUGCUCGCUGCCAUGGGAUGGUCAGAAGGUGAUCGUAUCGGAGUUACAGGAGGGCUUGAAGUACCCUUGACCGCUAUCAUAAAGACCACAAAGUUAGGCUUGGGAGCGACGCGGUCAUAA